GUUGAAGAACACAACAAGUUUACUCAAACGAAGAUGUUCUCUCUCCCUCUUCAUCAAUCAAAACUCAUCUUCCUUCUCUCUUUUCUUCUCAUCAAAACCCUUAAUGCACAACCAACAUACCUCCUUAGCUAUUGCUACACAUCAGGAAACUACACACCGAACAGUUCGUACAAAUCCAAUCUAGAUACUUUAAUAUCCGUUCUUGAUUCUCAAUCAUCCAACAAAGGCUUUUAUAGCUACGCCUCGGGUUCUUCCCCAACCACAACAGUGUACGGAAGUUAUCUAUGUCGCGGAGAUAUCUCGUCCUCAACUUGUGAAACAUGCAUCUCAAGAGCAUCCAAAAACGUUUUUAUAUGGUGUCCGGUCCAAAAAGAAGCUAUCAUAUGGUAUGAAGAAUGCUUCCUCAGGUACUCCAGCCGUAAGAUUUUCUCGAUUCUUGAUCAAGGUCCAUUUGUUACAUGGACAUCUUACGAUACCACGUUGUACCAGUUUUAUUUCAUUAACACCGUGGAAUAUCGUAUGGACCGGUUGAUACAAGAAGCCUAUUCGAGCUCUUCAUAUUUUGCGGAAGAAACUUAUCAUGUCAGUUAUCUUGGAGAAGUUUACGAUCUAAAUGGAUUGGUACAGUGCACACCCGAUCUGAAUCAGUAUGAUUGCUAUAGGUGCUUGAAAUCAGCGUAUAAUGAGACUAAGGAUUGUUGUUAUGGUAAACGUUUUGCUCUGGUUUACUCUUCGAACUGUAUGUUGACAUAUAAAGCCACUUUUUUGGCGCCACCACCCCCUCCUCCUCCACCUCCACCACCUCCACCACCCCCACAACGUCUUUACGGAGAAAAUGAUACUCCUAGCUCCGACGAAUCAUUUUCAUUCAAGUUAGGUAAAGUGUUUAGAAGAAUCAUAGCUCCGGUGAUAGCUGCGGUGGUAAUAAUCUUGGUAAUUUCCGUGUGUUCUCUUUGUUGUUGUUGCAUUAAAAAGAAAAAGAAGGCAAACCAAAGAGAAGCAUCGAUAGAAAUUCCCACGCUUAACACUGGAGAGAAUCUCACGGUUGAUCACCAAUAACGAACACCGAAUCGGAUUUACGAAAGUAAACUCGUUUGUUUAAAUCAGAUUUCAAUUGUACUGAUCACUGUUGAAACCCACACAAUUAAUUAGCCAUCUGUUUAUCGUUGCCAAAUUAAUUUGUACAUGUGUUCUUUUAUACCAUAAACGAAUGAUUUUGAGCUUAAAGUUAAACUACAACUUUUC